AUGGUGAGAACUCGGUCAGUGCAGCUAGUGAAAGUGCGGCAGGAUGGCGGCCGAGAGCAGGUGGACUCGGUGCUGUUCCGGCGCGGCACCGGCCAGAGUGAUGAUUCUGACAUUUGGGAUGAUACAGCAUUGAUAAAAGCUUAUGAUAAAGCUGUAGCUUCAUUUAAGCUUGCUUUAAAGAAUGGUGAUAUUUCUGAAGCUUCAGAUAAACCAAAAAGCACACCUAAAAGGAAACCUAAGAAGAAUAAAAGCCAAAAGAAGAACACCAAAUCUUCUUUGAAGCAGUGGAAAGUUGGUGACAAAUGUUCUGCUAUUUGGUCAGAAGACGGCUGCAUUUACCCAGCUACUAUUGCAUCCAUUGAUUUUAAGAAGGAAACCUGUGUUGUAGUUUACACUGGAUAUGGAAAUAGAGAGGAACAGAAUCUGUCUGAUCUCCUGACCUCCAACUAUGAUGCUCCUAAUACUACAGAACAGAAUGCCACGGAGAAUGAAAAUGAAAGUCAAAUUUCAACAGAUGAAAGUGAGCAUUCUUCUAGAUCUCCUGGAAAUAAACCAAAUCAUAUCAAAUCAAAAGCUGCUCCAUGGAACUCUUUUCUUCCUCCACCACCACCCAUGCCAGUACCCGGGCCACGACCAGGACCAGGAAAGCCAGGUAUGAAGUUCAGUGGCCCUCCACCACCCCCACCACCGCCUCACUUCCUAUCCCGCUGGAUGCCUCCGUUUCCUUCUGGACCACCAUUAAUCCCACCACCACCUCCUAUAUGUCCUGAGUCUUUUGAGGAUGCUGAGGUCUUGGGCAGCAUGUUGGUCUCUUGGUAUAUGAGUGGCUAUCACACUGGUUACUAUGUGGGUUUCAAACAAAAUCAAAAAGAAGGAAGAUCCUCACAUUUCAAUUAAGGAGUAAUUCAUGCAGUAUUCUUUAAUAGAUUCAGGAAGAACUCUCCACGGAAAAGAAUAGCAGUGUGUGUGCGCGCCAGAGUAGUAUGAGCCAGUGUGCCUCAUUCUCUGGGUCCACCAUCAUCUGUAUUCCGCUUUUUGUGUGUGACUUGUGCUUGUCGCCAGCCUGGUAUUUCUAGGGCAUUAUGCCUUUGAGUUACCGAACAGUGGAAAUGUUGGAAUAUGAAAUAUUAAUACUCAAGGUCACGGGCAAAGGAAGUCUCCAGUUGUCAAAAUCGCAGUUAAGCUUAUUUGUGUAUUAUAACUUUCCUAGUACAUUGAAUUUUUUUUAAUAUCUUUAGAAAAUAAAAUAAGUAAUUUUUUAUGUGUGACUUAAAAAAAAAAAAAGAA